AUGUCUGGGCACCAUCAUCACCAUGGUGAUGGCGGCCACUGCCAUGAUGAGCAUGAUCACUCGAACGACAUCACUCCGGCCAUUCAGUCGCUGCUCUACUCACAAAUUGACUUCGAUUCGAUCACUACUCUAAAUGAGGCUACUCCCAAGGGUGGUGCGGCCAUUGUCAGAAAGACGUGGGCCGAACGACUGAACGACCAGCCCGAACUCGAGAGCGACGCGGAUGAGCAGCUACUCAUGUACAUCCCAUUCACUGGCCAAGUUAAACUUCAUGCGCUUUUAUUCUACACUGCACCUACUUCCUCCGCCCCGAAAACCCUCAAGCUGUUCAAGAACCGUGACGACAUCGAUUUCUCAACUGCCUCCGAGCUUUCCCCUACCCAGACUAUUGAAGUCCCACAGCCCGUAGUCGGAGCUGAUGUCUUCGAGCUGCCGCUAAACCGGGCCCAUUGGAAUGCCACUACCUCAAUAACCAUCUUUGUGGAGGAUAACUGGAGCGACGGGGAAGAGGAUGUAACGAAAGUGGGCUAUAUCGGAUUCAAGGGUCAGUUCAUGGCGCUGAAUCGGGAGCCGAUUAGCUUUUUGUACGAAGCUGCUGCCAAUCCGCAAGAUCACGUCGCUAUCCCUGGUGUCAGUGGCGUUGGAAGCCGCACCACAUCGGGCCAAUGA